AUGGGGGCCGCAACUCAGACCUCUGCAUGUAUGACAGCGCAGCUGAGCACCGAGCUGGUGUGGAACAAUGCUCAGAGCGUCUACGAAGGUCAUGGAGAAUGGCGCUUGACCGUCUACACUCUCCUGCCGAACAGCGACCCGCUGCCGCCGAGCAGUCUCGGCGCACCGCUCGUGUUUCGUUCGGUGUCGCCAGAAUGCCAGUGCUGGGAUGCGGGGCGCGAUUUGGGUUCACGUUUUGAAGCAGGGGAGACCAGGCAGGGUUCUUCCCGCAAGUGCAGUCGAAAUAAGCUCUUCGCUACUACGGCCCGCUACAUGUGGAUGACAUCUGUAAUGCAUGCCGAUCUGGAGACGUCGACGACUGGAUGUGCGUCGGUUCGUCGGAUGAUCUAA